AGCCAGCAUCCCCGACCUCGGCGGACGGGAACAAACGGGCACGAACGGUUCGGGGUGCUUUAACCCACGAGGGGGUUUGUUUUGGGGCUGGCUGCUGGGCUGUUUGGGAUGAGAUGGAAAAAGGAAGAGGGGGAUGGCGGCUGUUCUUUCUUUAUCGUGACCAGAAACCGUAGUGCCCUGGCCUGUUUGUUCAAUUACAGCAUGUACAGAAAGAGAAGAAAAAAAGACCAAGACAAUUGAAAACACAGACCUUGUCGCCAAGGUUUGAUCGGUAGGAGAUUUUAAAGAGACCACGACAACGAACAAAACCGAAGAGGAGCCACGACAUUGAUUCUACAGCAACAACAUAUUCCGUACAAUACAACCACAUACACCACAUAAUUACAUUCCACACCAAAUAACAAAGAUCGUCUAAACCACCGACCGAGCCGGACCUCGAACCCGCCGAUAACCCACCCGAAAACAACAACCCAACCAAACCCAACCAAACCAACCAACCCUCGUCACCACCGCCACACCUGCAACCAUGGGCAUGAGCGACGUCUCCCCGCGGCCGGGCUACAAGGUGACGCCGUGCCCGGCGAACCUGAUCCCGCGCUACGAGACGGGCAAGCAGGAGGUGCUGUGGAUCGGGUGCUCGGACAGCGGCUUCGAGGAGACGACGGUGCUCGACAUGCCGCUCGAGCAGACGCUCGUGGUGCGCGACAUUGCCAACAUGGCCCUGCCCGAGGACACGGCCGCCGCCAGCGGCGUGCAGUACGCCGUCGACGUCCUCAAGGUCCGCCACGUCGUCGUCUGCGGCCACUACGAGUGCGACGUCGUCAAGGCCGUCGACCAGCGGAGGGGUCUGCACGGGCCGUGGUUUAGCAAAAUCCAAGAACUCAGAGCCGUCAGCACACCCGCCCUCCAAGCCGUCGACCAGGAGCACCGCGACGGCCGCUUCGUCGAGCUCAACGUCGUCGAGCAGAUGAAGCAGAUUCAAAAGUUCCCCGAGAUCAAGCGCGCCAUGGAGGAGAGGGGCCUGAGGAUCCACGGUCUGGUCUACAGCAGGACUUGGAACAAGGCCGUCAAGAUCGAGCUGCCCGGCGAGGAGAGGGACUGGCUGAACGGCUAGAGCAAGCUUUAAACCUUUUGUUUUAUAAAACAGCAAAAAAAAAAAAAAAAAAAAAAAAAGAGCGGAAAUUCAUCUUGUAUGAGAUCCCAUAGCGUUUGUAUGAGAAACCUCGAAAUAGCGCAAUUCAUAAGCGUCCAACACCAGCUCAACAAAGCCCCCCGUAGCCAAGCCAAGCCAAGCCAAGGAAGUUAGACUAACAAGAAAGAAGAAAAAAACAAAGCCAACGUCGCCCGACCUCUCACCCUACACUUCUCUACCCCAGACUUUUGCCCAGAACCAAGACACACACACACACACACGCACCACCUUGGCUCUCACAAGGCAGGCCAACUACGGUCUAUCCCUGCCCUGCCCUGUCAUGUUCCUACCCGACAGCUCCCGCAUUGUGGGGCACCGAGAGUGAGUGACACCAUGUCAAAACCACUCGGGGGUAUCAAUAAAUGUAUCACCAGACCAGCAGAAGCAAUGAAUUGGAAACCACACAGAAAAUUCUAUUCCCCCCCAAGUCGUCGGCCGGUCUAGCCAAGUUUUUUCUUUCUUUUACCAUCGUACAUACAGUAUAGCACCGCCUCUUCACCCAUUGCAUCUGUGACGUCUCGAGUCAGCCGUCCAUGUGAAAAAGACUGUCAAUACAAGCAUCAGGCGCCCUACAAACUGUCAAUCACUCAUCAUUCACAGAGAAGAAACAAGGUCGUUGCAAGACCAAUUUGUUGCAAUUCUUUUGAUCAGCUACCUAGGCCAAAUGCUUCAGUCUUAUUGCUGACCAAUCAGUCGCAACGUUGGAGGGUCUACACCGAGUGACCGUCCAUUCCAGGGGUAUCUUGGCCAAGCGCCUAUGGUUGGGUAGAACAAUAUGUCAAGAUGGCCAUAUAAUACCCCCGGGAAUCUGCAGGCAGGCGGUCUCAAACCUAGAGAAAAAAAAUAAAAAUAUGCAGAUAGUUUCAAUGGUGAAAAAUCAUCGCAAAAUUUGUCUUGAGAAAAAAAAAGCACCCCAGUAAAAGCUGAAUAUCAACCUCUCAUGAGAAGAAACGCAUAAAGAGUCCCUGAUAUUUGCUCAAAAAAAA